AUGGCGCUUGUCACGGGCGCCGUGGCACCCGCCGCCGCCUUCUACUACUCUCUCCUCCAGAGCUGCAUGAACUGCCUCCGGCAAGGCAGGUCCAUCCACGGCAGCCUCAUCACGUCCGCCUCCCCCGCAGACCUGCACCUCAGCACCAAGCUCGUCAUCUUCUACGGCAAGCACGGCGACGUGGCCGCGGCCCGCAGGGUGUUCGACGGGAUGCCGCACCGGAGCGUCGUGUCCUGGACGGCCAUGGUCUCCGGGUACUCCAGGAACGGCCGGCCCCGGGAGGCGCUGGAGCUGUUCGCGCUCAUGCGCGCCUCCGGGGUCCGGCCGAACCAGUUCACGUACGGGAGCGUGGCCAGCGCGUGCUCGGCUUCCGGGUGCGUGAGGAGCGGGGAGCAGGUGCACGCGUGCGUCGCCAAGGGGAGGUUCGCGGGGGACAUGUUCGUGCAGAGCGCCCUCAUGGACGUGCACCUCAGGUGCGGGUCCGUGGGCGACGCCAGGCGGCUGUUCACGGAGAUGGAGAGGAAGGACGUGGUGUCUUGGAAUGCCUUGCUCAGGGGUUUUGUGGAGCGUGGGCAUUGCAGUGACGCUCUUGGGUUGUUAUCAUCGAUGCUCAGAGAAGAAAUGCUGCCCGACCAUUUCACAUUUGGAAGUGCUCUAAAGGCCUGUGGAGCAGUCAGUGUGCUUGGUAAUGUGGAGCUGAUUCACACUUGCAUAAUAAAGUUGGGCUACUGGGGCGAAAAGGUUGUUAUUGGAUCACUUAUUGAUGCUUAUGCGAAAUGCCGGAGCAUGAGCAGCGCAAGAGUGAUAUAUGACUCCAUAUGUGAACCAGACCUUGUGUCAUCUACUGCGCUGAUCAGUGGGUACUCCAUGGAUAGAAACCACACUGAAGAUGCAAUGGAGCUCUUCUGCAAUAUUCAUAGUAGGGGUUUAAGGAUUGAUGGUAUUCUGCUAAGCUCCUUGCUUGGCCUUUGUGCUAAUGCGGCAUCUCUCAGCUUGGGGACUCAGAUUCAUGCUUAUAUGUGCAAGAAGCAGCCUAUGGGUGACGUAGCAUUGGACAAUGCUCUAGUUGAUAUGUAUGCAAAGGCUGGAGAAUUUUCAGAUGCCAGGCGUGCUUUUGAUGAAAUGCCCCAUAGAAAUGUGGUUUCAUGGACUUCACUCAUCACUGCCUAUGGGAAAAAUGGUUUUGGCGGGGAUGCUAUGAGCCUUUUCGAUAGGAUGCUGGAGGAUGGUGUUAAGCCAAACGAUGUGACAUUCCUUUCUCUUCUGUCUGCGUGUGGCCAUUCUGGUCUGAUGAGCAGAGGAAUGGAAUAUUUCACUUCUAUGAUGAGCAAGUAUGGGAUUGAUCCAAGAGCGGAGCACUACAGUUCUGCUAUCGACCUUCUUGGUCGCGGAGGUCAGUUGGAAGAGGCAUGGAAGCUAGUUCAGAAUAUGGAUAUUGAACCCAACUCGUCAAUGUUGGGUGCUAUGCUUGGAGCUUGUAAAGCAUAUGGAAACAUGCCUCUUGGUGAAACUGCAGCCAAGAAUCUUUUCAGUAUAGCUCCUGAGAGUUCUGUAAACUAUGCUGUUCUUGCAAACAUGUAUGCAGAAUCUAACUUAUGGGAGGAUGCUCAAAGUACAAGAAAAUUGAUGGCUGAAACAUCUAGUGGAAAGGAAGCUGGUUGCAGUAUCAUAUAAAGAUUGUGAAUAAAUUUCCUCUCCAAGAUAUUCAGACGAUGGCAGUUUGCCAUUGACAGAUGGUACGCCUCCGCAACUUUGUAUACUCUAAAUGACUUUGGAAUCUUUGCCCUUUUUGUUCAGCAGUGCAGGGGUUGCGAUGCUUCUAUUCUGCUUGAUAGCCUACCAGGGUUACCAUCUGAAAAGGAAUCGAUACCGAACCUUAGCCUACGAGGUUUCGGC